GCAAAUUAUGUACCGUUUACUCCCACUCCGGAAAUUUGGCGAGGAAUCCGUGCUCGGAAAAGUUGUCAUAAUCACCGGAGCAGGAACCGGUCUAGGGAAGUACGUCGCGCAUGAAAUGGUCAAAAGGGGUGCCAAAGUUGUUAUGGCUGUACCUGACUUGGCUCAAGGCAACGCUGCAAAACUCGACAUUAUCCAACAAUCUCACUGUGACCCUGACGACCUUGACCUUGUCCACGUUAACCUCUCGGAUCUAUCAUCGGUACGCAGAUUUGCUUCUACAUUAACAAAAAGAUACUCCAAAAUCGACAUUCUCAUCAACAACGCCGGAAUUUCGUUAAACUCGAGCCACCUGACGAAGACCGUUGACGGGUUUGAGGAGCACAUGGGCGUCAACCACUUGGGCCACUUCCUCCUAACGAAUCUACUCUUGCCCCAGUUACGCCGGUCCGAGUCGGCCCGCGUCGUCAUGGUGUCAUCGACCAUGAUGAUGUAUGCAAAUUUGAAUCUAGACGAUUUUAUGGGACGUAAGGGAAGAGGGCGUGGAGUUUUGAAUGUGAUGCCCUACUCCAAUUCCAAGAUGGCGAUGGCGCUUUUUUCAAAAGAGUUGGCGAACCGGGAAAAAGAGAGAAUUAAAUGCUACGCGUGUUGCCCGGGAAUUGUGAAAGGAACCAGAAUUUUUGAAAAGUACGCGGGUUCAGUCGUUGAGAAGUUUGUGAACCUGGUUGCAAUCAGUAUUCCUAUGGGCGCCAACACAAUCCUUUAUUGUGCCCUGGGACAUAAAACUGCUUCAAAGUCUGGGCAGUUUUUUCGUUUUGAGGAAAGAUUUUCAUCUGGGGAAGCCCUCUUAAAGGACGAUUAUGUCAAAGCAGUCUGGAACCUAAGUGCUAGUCUUGUUGAAUGUGAAGAAAGCAGUAAGCCGGAUCGUGGUAACGUGUAGAAUUGGAGAUUUUAAUUUCUAAGUAGGUUUUCAACCGGUAUGUUAAGA